GUAAAAGCGGUACUUAUCUUCGAUUGAAUCCAAGAAACAGCGCAACUCAAGAAGGGAAGAGGCAUAUAAAAACUGUCCCAGUUAAGAUAAUUAGAUCCCAAAAUGAUAAACAUGCCAAACAUAUUGAUGGGAAAUUCUGUACAGAAACAAUCAGGCGUCUUGAAAAGAUAUCAUCACUUCUUAGUCCAAAAGAAGUUUUUUUCCUCAGUCAGGACGACAAAGACAAAUUUAAUUUUUCAUAUCAAGAAAAAUUUAAUCUGCAUUAUUAUCACAUUGUUUUAGGUUCCGAUUGGAUUGACUGCUGCAAAUAAGCAAGCGCCGUUGCUUAUGCAUAUGGAGUAUAGAGUGGCUCUACCAGAUCAUGACUGGGUUAUUGCUAAUAAACACAAAUUGAUCCCAUCUGUGUACGCUGCUAUUGAAGUGCACUCAGAUAGUUUAGGGAAACCGAGUUUCGUAGGUUACUCCGGCCCUACAUAUAUAGCUGUUAGAUCUGGAAAACAUUCGUCAUCGACUGCUUUAUCUCACGCUCUUAAUUUUAAUAAAUUAAUUGACUUAAAAGAAUUUCAGGAUUUUUCUAAAAAUGGUUCUUUUGUUAAACCAGUUGUCAUCUUGACUAUAGAUGGAGGUCCAGAUGAGAACCCUCGUUAUCAAAAGGUAAUUGAGGUAGCAGUUCAUCAUUUUCUUGAGCAUGAUCUGGAUUGUCUAUUUUUGGCUGCAAAUGCACCAGGAAGGAGCGCUUUUAAUCGAGUCGAGAGAAGAAUGGCACCAUUAAGUUGUGAACUUUCAGGCGUAAUCCUACCUCAUGAUCAUUAUGGAAAUCAUCUUAACAAUGCUGGUUUUACGAUAGAUAAUACUCUUGAAAAAAUAAAUUUCCAGUAUGCUGGUGAAACUCUUGCGGAAAUCUGGUCUAAUGUUUCAAUUGACAAGUUUCCUGUAGUUGCUGAAUUUAUUGUUCCAGAAAAAUCAGAAAUCUUAUCUAGUAUUUUAAAAACCAAGGACAGCUUCUGGUAUGCACGUCAUGUGCAAACAAGCCAGUAUUUUCUCCAAAUAGUUAAGUGUGAAAAUUGGAAUUGCUGUAAACAACCAAGAUGAUCAUAUUUUACAGUCAUACCUGAUCGUUUUUUUCCACCAUUGAUACCGCUAUCACAACUCCCAGAGGGAUGGCUACAAGUUCCGAACGCAUUAUGCCAUAAAAACCACAAGUUUCCGUCCCUUUUUGUUGGAAAAACCUUAAAGUUAGAUGAUAUUAUGUCUCACCUGACAACGGUUUAUAGAGUUUUACCUUAUGAUCUAUUUUGUCCAUCUGUGCAAUCUCUUCUUAAGAGUUGAUGUUGUAAAAAAUGUUCAAUGUAUUUUGCAUCCAAUGUGUUGUUGAAGAAACACGUUACUGUCCAUGUAAAUUCAAAAUCACCAAUCAACGCUGCGUCUGACAUAAUCAGGCAAGUGCCUACUUGUUUGGCUGCUCGUUGUCAAACUGAGCUUAUGGCAAUAACUUUGUUUGAGGAAAACGGAGAGCAUAUCGAUUGGAUUGAAGAAAAUGAAUUUGAUCUAUCUAAUGUUCAAAUCAUACCAAAAGAAGAUGCAGAAAAAAAUCUUUCCUUGUCACUUUACACAAUGGAUGAACACUUCUGCUCACCUUGGACAAAUGCUGAAUAAUAUAUUAUAUGUAUGGUAAUUUUAAAGA